AUGAUCUCCAAUCGAGUGUUCGCCAUUUUCUUCUUCUCCGAUCCCCCAUUCACCUUUGCCAUGGCUUCUCUAGGCACGUCUCUGCCGUUAUGGCGGGGUCUUGCGCCUCAUUUAUCCAAGGACCUAUUUAAAUGUCAUCAAUGCCUUCGAAACCAGGGCUACGCCGCCAAAUCCAUCCGCCGAUAUGGUGCAAUGCCUCCGCCCCAGCCGAACAAGGUCCGCUCGUCUCUGUUUACCGACAAGAACCGUCAAUUCUUUACCCACAGUCUUCGUCAGUCUGCUGCUGCACCCUUGGUUGCAGAUGCAGUUGCAGAGACCUCCACGAAGGCCAAGUCGAGCAUGCCUAAGAUCAGCUCCAAGUCCGUUGCAUACUGGCUUCUGGGUAGCGCAGCGAGUGUCUUUGGUAUUGUGGUUUUUGGUGGUUUGACUCGUCUUACUGAAUCUGGUUUGAGUAUUACCGAAUGGCGACCUGUGACUGGCUCUCUGCCACCCUUGAACGCAGAGGACUGGGAGUCCGAGUUCGCGAAAUACCGUGCAUCCCCUGAAUUCCAACUUUUGAACCCGCAUAUGACUCUGUCCGAAUUCAAGUCGAUCUACUAUAUGGAAUGGAUCCACCGGCUCUGGGGCCGUUUCGUGGGUCUAUCGUUUGUCCUGCCCGCUGCAUACUUCGUCGCCCGAAAGAAGAUCUCCGCGCCUAUGGCUUGGCGUGUCUUUGGUAUCUCUGGUCUGAUUGCAUUCCAAGGUUUCUUGGGUUGGUGGAUGGUCAAGUCUGGAUUGAAGGAUGACCUUUUCGCUCCUGGAAGCAACCCCCGUGUGAGCCAGUACCGAUUGACAGCUCACUUGGGUGCUGCCUUUAUCUGCUACGUCUCUAUGCUGUGGAAUGGUCUCGCUAUUUUGCGCUCUCACAGACUGAUGAAGGAUCCCGUGGCUGGGCUGAAGCAGCUCGAGGCGCUGCGUGACCCUCGCCUGGCGAUCUUCCGUCGUUGCGUCGCCGGUCUCGCUCUCCUGGUCUUCACUACUGCCAUGUCUGGUGCUCUUGUCGCCGGUCUGGAUGCCGGUCUUAUCUAUAAUGAGUUCCCCUACAUGGGUAAGGGUUUCGCACCUCCCACCCCUGAGCUGUUUGAUGAGCGCUACUCCCGUCACGAGGAUCGCUCUGACCUCUGGUGGCGCAACAUGCUUGAGAACCCUUCUCUUGUCCAACUCGAUCACCGGAUUCUCGCUAUGACCACUUUCACCUCUAUCAUGGCUCUGUGGGCCUACAGUCGCCGCUCGCCUACUGUGAAGCGCCUGUUGCCCGCUCCUGCACGCAAGGGUAUGCACGGUGUCGUGGGCUUUGCCUGCAUGCAGGUUGCCCUCGGUAUCACCACUUUGCUCUACCUCGUUCCUGUCCCGCUUGCCUCCGCCCACCAGGCUGGCAGUGUGUUGCUUUUGACCUGGGUUAUGGUGCUGGGUAGCCGCGUGUGGAACCCGUCUCGCACCGCGAAGCUGUUGCAGAUUGCUGCCAAGGGUCGGGGCCAGCCAGUCUCUUUCUCGCACGCCUAUGCUUCGCGUUCGGCCGCAUCCUCUACCGUGAAGCAACUGUAA